AUGGCUGCUGACAAGAUUGCGACAUCCGGAACCUCCACUCCUGCGGCUCCCGCCAGCAUUUCAGAGAAGGAGAAACAUGCCCCCGGCGCAUCCUGGAAAGCAAAUGAAGAACACGUUCUGCCCAAAAACAGGAUGGGCAUCGUCUUCGCCGGCCUUAUGUGCUGUAUUUUCCUCGCCGCCCUCGAUUCGACAAUCGUUGCCACCGCCCUUCCAACCAUCGUAAAGGACCUCGGUGGUGGAAGCGAGUACAGUUGGGUCGGCACCGCCUACCUGCUCGCAACCGCUGCGCUUUGUCCCUUGUACGGAAAGCUUUCGGACAUCGUAGGUCGCAAGCCCGUCUUGUUCACUUGCAUCGGCAUUUUCCUCCUCGGGUCUGCUCUAUGCGGCGCUGCUCAAAACAUGACUUGGCUCGUCAUCUGUCGCGCUGUUCAAGGCAUCGGAGGCGGUGGUAUCAUCCAGAUCAUCCAGGUCACCAUCUCAGACAUCACCACCCUUCAAGAUCGUGGACGGUAUGCGGGCUUGUUGGGCGCGGCUUGGGGUCUUGCGAGCGUCAUCGGCCCUUUGCUCGGCGGUGCUCUGACGGAUCAUGCGUCGUGGAGGUGGUGCUUCUUCAUCAACCUGCCCACGGGCGCCGUCGGUGGCCUCAUCUUGUUCUUCUUCCUUAACCUCAACCCACACCAAGGAAAGAGCUGGAGGGAGCACGCUGCCGAGUUCGAUUUCAUCGGUCUCCUACUUCUCAUCAGUGGAGUCGUCCUCGUCCUUCUGGGCUUCAGCUUCAGCCAGACGGCUUGGAACACACCGGAGACGAUUGCAUGCUUGGUCAUCGGAGUAGUACUUUUGGUCCUCGCUGGCAUCAACGAGACCUAUACCACGCGCUCUCCGAUUCUUCCGCCUCGCCUGUUCAAGACUCGCACUACUGCUAUUCUGCUCAUCACAGUCUUCCUUCACGCCGUCACGUUCUUCGUUGCUGCGUAUUACCUCCCGGUGUACUUCCAGGUCAUGGGUUCCUCAGCUACAAUGGCGGGUGUAUGGACGCUGCCGUUCUCGCUGGCCGCCUCGUUCUCUUCGAUCAUCACGGGUCAAAUCAUUUCGCGCACCGGUUACUGGGUUCCCAUCGAGUGGAUUUCAAUGGCCAUCGCCACCCUCGGUUUCGGUCUCAUGACCAUGCUCGAUGAUAACUCGAACGCGUACGUGCACUGUUGUUGUAUCCUUUGUGGCGUCUUUGGCAUCGGAGGCGCGCUUCAAACGCCUCUCAUCGGUCUUCUGGCCGCAAUGCCCAUCAAGGACACCGCUACCACCACUGGUUCCGUCAUUCUGACUCGCAGUCUGGGUGGUACUGUCGGCACUACAAUCGGACUCGUCAUCAUCUCUUCGGAUUUCCGUCGUCGUGUGGCUGAGGUCCCUGGGCUCAACAUUGACACUUCCGCGAGCGCCAUCACUCAGCUUGUGACUGUCAUUCCGAAGAUCCAGGAUGCGGCGCAGCGCACACUGCUCACGCAUCUCUACACGGAGUCCAUGGCCACGAUUUGGAUUGCGGCAGCGCCGAUUCUCGGCGCCUGCACGCUCAUGGUGCUCUUCCUCCGCAACUACUCGCUGCAGCGCAAGGUCAUCCGCGCUGAAGACAAGGCGGCUGAGAUGGAGGCAGAGGCGGCCGCGAAAGGCGCUGGCGCUCUGUCCGUGGGUGACGUCGAGGCGCAGACACAGACGUUGCCCACGGUGUCCACGUCGAGUGACCUCGACGAGGAGCGGACGGUGCACGAGAUCCCGGCCACAACAGUGAUCGUGGACGCCGAGAAGAAGUGA